AUGCUCAGCCUUUGGCCUUGCUGUGGACUAUCCAACAGGCAGGCUGUGCUUGACUUGAUCGCAAACUGGUAUACUUGUAUUCAAAUCCCGAUACUAUUUCUGGUGCUCAUUGAAUCUGGACUGCAUAGCGCUUUCGAAGCGCUUAUGGAGGCUCGCGACUUCCUUUUACUGUCCGGCGUUCAGCUGCAUUUACAAGACACAACAACUUUGCUGGAAAAGCACAACUUGAUGACUGAUGAAAUAAAACAUGUUCUUCGUGACAGACAUGCCAGCGAUUUGGAGCGCUUUACUAUCAUUCGCGAUAUGGUUCCUCCUGAGCUGGAAUUGCCCACAGCGCUUCCACCUGCUACCGUUUAUGCUCCGUGUCCACAUGAUCUCGGAUGUCCAAAGCUGAAAUCCAAUAGCCCGUGUACCUUCCCCAUUCGAUGGCGAGUCAUUCGAGCAGAUGGCAAGCGUUCACGUUACGAGGAAUCAGGCACUCAGACGGGGAAGUUUUCUUAUGUCAUUCUGGAAAAAGGCGUUCGACCUCCUCUUGACACCAUUACCAGGAUACUUAAGAUACGACAUAGCCAUGGGCAUGUGACCUGUGACUUGUGUACUGCAUUCAAAGGAAUCCAAAGAGUCACCGUUUCUCGCCAGAACCGAUACGACAUAGCCAUGGGCAUGUGA